AUUUGAGUCACAAACAAUGCCUGAUACAAUCGAACUCAGUCCAUCUAGUGUCCAGGUCCUCCAAAUUCUCAAGAAAUCCAAAACUUCCGCUGUCUUAAAGGUAUCUAUCAGCGGCGAAACAAGGAUUCUGAAAGUAUAUCGCGAACAUCUCCCAUCCGAGCACGAUUCACCAGCCCGCGAAACCAACCCCUUCAUUUGCGAAACAUCGGCCUAUGAACGAUUACAACACAGAGGACACUGCAAGGCGGGCAAUAUUCUAUCCUUCUACGGAACAAUCACAAAUAUCCAACCAGACCUCUGGCCACAGCUUGCCACUCUUUUUGACGAUGGCCGACCCAUGAGUGCAGUUCUCUUGGAGUACAUCGACGACAUGCACCAACUCGAUCUAUCUACAUUCUCACAGAGCCGGCUGGACGAACUAGAGCGUAUUCUACAAGACAUACACAAAGCAGGUGUCCUGCAUGGGGACCCCGACCCUAGGAAUAUGAUGAUCUGUCCUGGUCAAAACGGUAAGCAGGACAGGGUGCUCUGGAUUGAUUUUGACUCGGCCCAGCUUCUCCCGGAGGGUGAGCUUUCGCCGCGACAGCAAAUGUGGUUGCAGGAGGAAAAUGAUCUGAUGGAUUAUUUUGUCAAGGCUUUGCCUGAAGAUUAUCGUGAGGGGAGGCUUUGUCGUACUUGGGAUUACUUUUAUACGAGGAAAUAAUGAAAUUAAUCAGAGACCUUGGUUGAAUAUGUGCUAC